GUGCAAAGAAAACAACAAGGAUAAGCUGUUCGCGUUGGACCAGAAGCUGCCCCUUGCAAAGCCCGACCAGCGUUGCGACUGCUACUGCAUCUGGGUGCCCCUCUCGAUGCUGCUGCAACGGGAUGGGUUCUGCACUAAGUACGAGAAUGACGAGGGCUUCAGGCGGAGGGUCAAAGCUGCGUCCAAGAACCCCAACAAGAUGACGACGCACUACUCAGGCUUCUUCAAGAUGGACGCGGCCAAUGUGCAAGAGUUUGGCAUCGAGCUAUCUCGGAACGGCAGCUUCCUCACGGAAGCGCAGACCCUGGACGUCAAAGUAUUUGCAAUUACUUCUGUCGGUUCGUCGGCGUUCACCGCCAACAGGGACGACCAGACCAUGGACAUCGGCUCCGAGGCGCUACAACGAGCUUUCGACGAACCCGGCGACAGGAAGACGGCUCUCUCGAACUUCCUGGUCGGCAAGGCGCCGCAUCUGAAAGCUGAGGGGGCCGCCCCCCGCUUUGGCAGGAGAGAGCGGAGGCGCAGGCUGAGAGAGGAGCUUGGCCCCGAUGGAGAUGAGAGUGGCGAUGGUCAGCGAGGCGGCGGCGCCAUUACAAAGAGGAGUCGUCGCUGCGGCAGCCGCAUUGCCACCAGGGCGGUGCGCUCUGGGGCCGAUGGCACUUUGAGCCCAGGCGCUGCCCUGUCGGGCGGGAAAGGCCCCUCGGGGUCCCCGAAGGGGAACCUUGCCAUCAUCGUGGACAUCGGCGACGGCAAGAAGUUGAAUGCGGUGUCAAUGUUGGAGAUGGAGGAGUCCGGCGACCAGGGGAGCGACAUGAGCAAGAGCAGCAAGGCCAUCGGAGAUGGGGGCAAUAAGCUGAAGAGGGGCGAGGCCUUACCGUGCAGCUACUGGAUCAAAAAGAUACCUUUGGGCGUUGUGUUAAAGUCAGACAAGUCUGAUAGGCGGGACGUCCGUCAAGCUGCAGCGGCAGUGGGCCGAGAGUCGGGAAAGUCGCAAGCAAAUCAGGACAAUGACUUGGGCAGGUUGAAGACGCACCUGAGGAGCGUCGACCACGCAGUGGGCCUCUGCCAGUCGGGGGCGGCAUCUUGCGACGACGGCAAUCUCUGGGGCGCUUUGAAGGCAAUGGAGAGAAUCAAGCAGCCGCUGCCGCGCGCGACCCUCCUCGGACUGCUCGAGCGCUACGCGGGCGCGCUGGCGAAGUCUAUGCUGAUCAGUGGCCGACAGGAUGACAUCGCCAAGCG